AUGGAGUGCAUGAAGGAUGAGUUCCACAAAGGCCAACUUCUAGACGGUCGUUUCAGAACCAUUGCUCCUCUCAACCAUGGUUCCUUUGGCAUGGUCUUCCUCGCCGAAGAUACCUUGACCCGACAGAAUGUGGCCAUCAAAUGUUUGACCAAGCCUUCUGUGGCCAACAAGUCCGCACAGGUAACGACCCCGGAUGAAGGGACAGAAGAGCUUGCCUGCCAUGCAAUUCUGAAGCACCACGACCACCUAGUGAACCUUGUUCAUCAUUUUGAGACCGACGCUCACACCUACCUGGUCCUGGAAUACUGUUCUCAAGGUGACUUAUAUGAGGCAAUCCGCCUCAAUCGUGGUCCCAUGCAGACAGAGCACGUCCGCCGUUUCAUGCUGCAGCUGAUCAGUGCGGUGCAACACAUGCACGCCAACGGUCUUUACCAUCGAGACAUCAAGCCUGAGAACAUCUUCUUGACCCAAGAUGGUUCCGUCAAGCUCGGGGACUUCGGCCUAGCCACCAGGAGCCUCUGGUCCUACGAGUCCUGUGUUGGAAGCGACCGAUACAUGGCCCCAGAGCAGUAUGAUCCCGCUGGUACAGGCUAUUCCCCGGCAAAGGCAGAUAUCUGGUCCAUCGGUAUCUGCUUGCUCAAUGUCCUCUUUGCCAGGAAUCCCUUUGUUACACCCACGGAAUCGGACGUCCUCUUUGCCGACUAUCGUCGAGACCGUCAAUCAUUGUUCGACAUCUUCCCCAGCAUGUCGCAGGACACCUUUGAGAUCCUGUCCGUGGCCAUGGCUUUGGACCCUUCCAAACGGGACCUGGGGCUUGUCAAGCAAGCUGUGCUUCGCGCCAUUGCCUUCACCACCGAGGACGAAUCCUUUGACGACUUUUUCUGUUCUGAGGAACGGGACGUUGUGCAAGCCAGUGCCAACCGCGAGCCUUUGCGGACCCCGUCAAUUCAAAGCCCGCAGAUGGAUGGCGACUCCUUCCCCUGGGCCAAGGCAUUGCAUGCCAGUCCUCUGAAACAGCAGUUGGACUCCAUUCCCGACCUCUACGAGGAGGAUCUCUUCGACUCGGACAAGAGCCUCAAGCUGGGCGAGUCCUGGUACUCGGGCCAUGGUACUACACCUUCUCUGACAUCCAUCUUCGAUUCUGCUUAUGGAUCGUUCAAAUCCAUGACCCUCAGACGGUCUGCUGCCCGCAACCCGCCUAAGCCAGACCCUGUCCCCAUCCCCAACUCGUUACCAUCUCGCGCUUCCAGGCCCAUUCCCACCAUGUCGUCCGUGUUUGGCAAGAAACAGGAUGACGUGGCCAAGAGCUGGAGUGAUAUGUUCGAAGAAGAUGAGGAGGAGUCGGAACGGGAGGCAGAGCUGAAGUUGCGACGUGAACAGAAUUCACGAAGCUGGAGUCAGGACAGCCAGAAGCGUCUUCCGGUACCUCCAGGAGUGCUCACCGAGUCCAAGAGUCGGUCCUCUAGCAACGCGCGUCGCAGCCGCACGCCGAAGCCCGUGUCGCCGAUCAAGGCGAGCCACGGGGCGAACGAGAAUGACCCCUUUGGCUGGCGUGGACGGACUCCUCGACAUUCGCCCAAACAGGUUCCUGUAGACAAGUGGGCGGCGCUGGGCGACAAGAGGCGGAACUACCACACGGAGUCGGAUCCGCAGACUUGGACUUUCAAGAAACGAUCUAUGACGACUGGAACACGCAGGAAACCUACGACUGUAUUGGGACACGAGAGCCACCAACAUCAACAUACAUGGCAUCGCCGUGACAGCCGACAGAAGGCACGUCCGGCGUAUCUGAAUCAAGAUUGGCGGCAACAACGGGUGACGGAUUCAUCCUCAGCCGAUGAGGAUGAGCUUGAGUGGGUUGGAGGUUGGCACAACUUCCAUUUGUAA